AUGAGAAUAAUUAAUUUUUUCUUUAAAAGUAAUAUAAGUAAUUGUGAAGAAAAAGGAAAAAAUUCACCUUUUCAUGAUAUAAAUAGAACCAAUAAUGAUUCUGUUAUUGAUGUAAUAAAAAAAAUUCCUAUUAAUCCAUUUAUUGAUAGUAAUGAAAAUUUAAAUAAAUAUAAAUAUGAUGUUGAAAAAAAGAAUAUUGAAAGAUUUACAGGAUUAAAAGUUUAUGAAGAAGAAGAUGAGAAAGAUCAUAAAAAGAAGCAACCAAUAGAUUAUCCAUUCCCAAUUAGUAAAAAUUUAGUAUUUCAAAAAAAUAAAGUAAAUAAAACAGAUGAUCGUAUAAAUAUAAACUAUAGUAAUAUAGUAAGUGAUCUCUACCCAGAAGAAGGAUAUAAAUCACCAAAUAGAAAUAAACAUUUUUCUUCAGAAUGGGAAAUUCUAUUAGCUCAUAAUCAUGGUUUAUAUGAUUUUAAGAAUCCAGAUAAUAAUGUAAUCGUUAAUAAAGAUAUGUAUUCAUUGAAUACUGAAAAUGAUAUUAGAAAUAAAUUAAAUUUAUAUAUAGAAAGAAUAAAUGUAGAUAAUCCUAAUGAUGCUUGCAAGUAUUUAGCAAUAGAAGAAUAUAAAUGUUUAUUAACACAUUCAUUUCAUAUGAAUCCAAUCUUAAGUAAUCAAAAAUGUGUGAAAUGGUUUAAUGAAUAUAUGCAGUGUAAAUGGGAUGAACAUAAACUAAAUUAUGGUUAUAAUUAUAUAGAGAAUAGAAGAAAUAAAAAAUCAAAGGCAUAUAUAGCAGCACCUGAUUAUCAGUAUUCUUAA